CGCCUCCCUCAACGACUUCUCUACUAUAAACCCCACUCACACUCUCUCUCUCACACCCUCUCUCUUUCUCUCUCUAACUUUCUCUCUCAUCAGAGCUCAAUUUAACCGUCAAUGGCGGUUACCGAUGCUGCCAACGGCGGCGGCGGCACCACCACCACCUCCAUCCGCCACGCCUUCGGCAACGUUCUCGCGCUCUUCAUCCUGCUCCUCAUCGGUGUUCUCGCCUUCUCGAUCCGUCUCUUCUCUGUGAUAAAGUAUGAGAGUGUUAUUCACGAAUUUGAUCCAUAUUUCAACUACAGAGUCACUCAGUUUUUGACAAAGAAUGGGAUAUAUGAUUUCUGGAACUGGUUUGAUGAUCGAACUUGGUAUCCCCUUGGUCGUGUAAUCGGUGGGACUGUCUAUCCUGGUUUGACACUGACAGCAGGCACCUUGUGGUGGUUACUGAAUUCCUUAAACAUCCCUCUCUCAGUUGAAACUGUUUGUGUAUUUACUGCUCCCAUAUUCUCAGCCUUUGCUUCUUGGGCAACUUAUCUUUUGACAAAGGAGGUUAAGGGUACCGGGGCUGGCUUGACAGCAGCAGUUAUUUUGGCUAUGGUCCCCUCAUAUAUAUCUCGAUCUGUGGCUGGCAGCUAUGAUAAUGAAGCUGUUGCUAUAUUUGCUUUGAUCUUCACUUUCUAUCUCUAUAUUAAGACACUGAAUACAGGGUCCCUCUUUUAUGCCACUUUGAAUUCAAUAGCAUACUUUUACAUGGUUUGCUCAUGGGGAGGGUACACCUUUAUCAUUAAUCUUAUUCCAAUGCAUGUGCUAUUGUGCAUAGUAACUGGGCGUUAUUCUCCUCGGCUGUAUAUUGCAUAUGCACCUCUUGUUAUAUUAGGCACCCUGUUGGCCGCUUUGGUACCUGUUGUUGGAUUUAAUGCUGUAAUGACAUCAGAGCAUUUUGCAUCAUUUCUGGUUUUCAUUAUCAUCCAUGUGGUGGCUCUUGUGUACUAUAUUAAAGGAAUUCUUUCCCCGAAAAUGUUCAGAGUAGCUAUGGCACUUGUUGUUUCUCUUGGCCUGGCAGUUUGUUGUGCAAUGAUAGCAGUACUUAUAGCAGUGGUAGCUUCAAGCCCAACUAAGGGAUGGAGUGGAAGAAGUUUAAGUCUACUAGAUCCUACUUAUGCAAGCAAGUAUAUACCAAUCAUUGCUAGUGUUAGUGAGCAUCAGCCGCCUACUUGGCCGUCUUACUUUAUGGACAUUAAUGUCUUGGCAUUCUUGGUUCCUGCUGGCAUUAUUGCGUGCUUUUCACCUUUAUCUGAUGCAAGCUCUUUUGUGGUACUUUACAUUGUUACAUCAGUAUAUUUUUCUGGUGUCAUGGUUCGCCUGAUGCUUGUACUUGCUCCAGCAGCAUGCAUCAUGUCUGGGAUUGCUCUUUCUCAAGCUUUUGAUGUUUUCACUAGAUCAAUCAAGUUUCAGUUACCCAGCCUAUCAGAUGGUUCACAUGCUGAUGCAGGGGAUGCCAGUUCUGAAAGUGUUGUGCAUAAUGACACGGUAAAGGCAGAUAAAUCUGAGGACACAUCGAAGGAAAGGACCUCAAAAAAGAGCAGGAAAAAGGAAAAGGAACCUGUGGAAAAACCUCUUAGCAAGUCACAGAUUAAAAAAAGGCUUUUGGUUUUACCUCUGGAAACAUCCAUCAUUGCUAUUCUCUUACUUGUGCUGCUAGGUGCCUUCUAUGUGGUUCACAGUGUAUGGGCAGCAGCAGAAGCUUAUUCAGCCCCUUCUAUUGUUCUAACAUCACAUACACAUGAUGGACUUCAUGUUUUUGAUGAUUUUAGAGAGGCUUAUGCCUGGUUGAGUCAUAAUACAGAAGUAGAUGAUAAAGUGGCAUCAUGGUGGGAUUAUGGAUACCAAACAACUGCCAUGGCUAACCGAACUGUGAUUGUUGACAAUAAUACCUGGAAUAACACACAUAUUGCCACCGUUGGUACUGCCAUGUCUUCUCCCGAGAAGGCUGCUUGGGAAAUUUUCAAUUCCUUGGAUGUCAAAUAUGUUCUUGUUGUCUUUGGAGGACUGGUGGGCUAUCCCAGUGAUGAUAUUAAUAAGUUCCUGUGGAUGGUUCGAAUUGGAGGGGGUGUAUUCCCUCACAUAAAGGAACCAGAUUACUUAAGGGAUGGUCAAUAUCGGAUUGAUUCUAUGGCCACGCCAACAAUGCUGAACUGCCUCAUGUAUAAACUUUCAUAUUACAGAUUUGUGGAGACAGAUGGUAAAGCUUUCGAUAGAGUGAGGCGGACAGAAAUUGGAAAGAAGCAUAUCAAACUUACGCAUUUUGAAGAGGUGUUCACGACUCACCACUGGAUGGUUCGGAUAUACAAGUUGAAACCUCCAAAGAACAGGAUUCGCGGAAAGGCUAAGAAAUCAAAAUCAAAAGCAAGCUCAAAAACUACGUCAAAAAGGAAAGGACCAAAAAGGAACCCCUUUUAGUUCAGUUUUCCUUUUCUCUUCUAGUAGGUAAGCGUGUUUUGCAGUCCGCAUUUCAUGUAUACGUACACAACUAAUACAGGUGAUAUGGAGAGCUUUUGUAGGCAUUAUCAGCAUCUAAUGAUGAAACGAAAAUUUUGGGAUUAUGUUUUGACUUAAGAUAUCAUUUUUAGGAUUAAAAUGCCCAUCUGCAAAAUGAUUCCUUUGAUAAUUUCCUGUACAUCUAUGCUUGACAUUUAUCUAUUAGGACUAAAAAUACAAAUGCAGUAGUUUUUAAAGAUCA